AUGGCUGAGGAUAUGAUGAACAGCAUGGCAAACGACGAGAUCUUCUGGAACGACGGCGAUUAUCUGGUUGAUGGCGCUUCGCUCUACCAGACCGGCGGCACUUUGGCCUUCGCUGACAGCCCCAGCUUAGCCAGCUUCUCCUCCCCCUCGCUGACGAUGCUGGGCAAGCAGAAAGAAGGCCGCUACUGCCACACCUCAGCCCAAGGCAACACCGCCACGGAAGCACCCAAGGCCAAGACCAAGACUGAGGCACCGGCUCUCGCCGUCACGAUGCUCCUCCUACUGUCCUAA